AUGGAGGCGAGUCGCAGUAAAAAGAAGGAGCACUGCCUUAACGAGACGCUGUAUCCACUGGAGGACACAGAGGCUUGUCCCUGUCAGGAGUUUUUGUCUCAGCCCUUUGGGAACUGGUCUGCGUGUGUCCUACCCGGUCCCACGUCCACAGGCUCACAGCAGGGCUGGAUGGGCCACCGGCAGGUCAAGGAGUGUGGACAGGGGCUCCGCUACAGAGCUGUGGCCUGCAUGGACCCACAGGGACGUCCAGUGGAGCCCACAGUCUGCACUGACACAGGCUUCAUGGUGGAGGUGUGCCACGUGCCCUGCCCAUCCGACUGUAAACUCAGCGACUGGUCACCUUGGUCCGCCUGCAGCGCAUCCUGUGGCAGCGGCCUGAAGAUAAGGUCCAAGUGGCUCAGGGAGAAAGCCUUCAAUGGGGGACGGCCCUGCCCCAAACUGGACCUAAAGAACCAGGCUCAGGUGUACCAGGCCGUGCCGUGCCACAGUGAAUGCAGCCAGUAUGAGUGGAGGACUGAGCCCUGGUCCAUUUGUACCAUCAACUCUGUGGAUGACUCUCCAGCCUGUGGGGAGGGGGUCCAGAGCCGCAAGAUCAGGUGUGUUCAGAAGGGAAGGAGGAGCGAGGAGAGCAGCGCCACCGUGGAAGACAGUCUGUGUGAGCAGGAGGAGAGCCCCCCCACAGCCCAGGUCUGCACCCUGGCCUGUCCCAACCACUGUGUGAUGGCGCCCUGGGGACCCUGGAGCCCCUGCCCUUCGGUAAGAAGCACACACUCAACCGCCUCCGUCUGUCCGGGUUAG